AACCUGAAUCCCGAGCUGCAGCAGGGAUAUCGCAUCUUGCGUGAGUUUCUCAUGGAGAAGUACCGACCUCUGACAGCACCGUUUUUGAAGCCCCUCGCGGAUCAGGCAUCCAUCAGUGAAGAAAGAGCUGGCUCCCUCUCGGGCCAUAACAGCAAUCACUCCUUUCAGCAGUCGCCAGCUGGAAUGUGGCUCUUGAAGAUGGAAGAGAAAUUUUCCAAUGGCCAGUAUGGAGGGAUAGCAGAUUUCGUGGGUGACUUCCGGCUAAUGCUGGAGACAUGUUACCGAUUGUAUGGUAUAGAUCACUGGCUCUCCAAACAGGCCCAGAAGCUGGAGAUGAUGCUGGAACAGAAGCUGGCGCUACUGUCCCGGCAUUUAAGAGAAAAAACCUCAAUAGCUGUAACAUCUAGAGGAUGCCAUGGGCUGGAAGAUGAGAAAGGAACAGCAUGCGUUUCAACCAGACGUCGUUCCACAACUCGCCAUUUAGUAUGCUUGUCAACAGGCAUGUUUGAGUCUGUGGUGGUUCAGGCUCUAAGACAAGAGGAACAGCUGAAAGCAAAAGAGGAAAAGAGGCUGAGAGAGCAAGAAAGAAAAGAAGCAGAAGAAGCUAGCCAGAAAGAAAUAGAAGAAUGGGAAAAGUCACUUUUAGCUCAAGCAGCACCUACAAAGAUGGAGACAAUGUGGGAGAUUCCAGCUAUUGGUCAUUUUCUUUGUUUAGCUCAGCAGAUUUUAAAUUUACCUGAAAUAGUAUUCUAUGAAUUGGAACGUUGUCUUCUGAUGCCUCAGUGUAAUGCUUUUUUAUCUAAAAUAAUGACUUCUUUGUUAAGUCCUCCUCAUCGCAGAUCUACAUUACAUCGCAGGCCUACACUUUCUUACAGGACUUGGGAAGCAGCACUCAGACAGAAAGUAAAACACUGGUAUACUGUUGUAGGGCAGACUGAUAAUCCUAAUAGCUCUGCAGAAAAACUUGGAUUGUGUCCACAGUUCUUCAAAGUCCUUGGAGAAGUUAGUCCCUUGGAGGAAAAACGAUUUCAUGAGCUACCAUUCUACCAAAAAGUGUGGCUGCUUAAAGGUCUCUGUGAUUUUGUGUAUGAAACACAAAAGGAUGUUCAGGAUGCAGUGCUAGGUCAGCCUAUCCAUGAAUGCAGGGAAGUAAUUCUUGGUUAUGACUACUUGGAGAAUGCCUAUGUUCAUUUUCCACAGUUUUGUGGUGCAGAUGUUCGGAUUUACAAACAAAAACCGUUUCAGGCUCCUGAAUUCCCAUCUCCUCCCAUCAAAAUUAAAAAAGUGUCACGUGUAAAAUUGGAGAAAAUAAAACAUGAAUAUGUAAACAAAAGCAAUGGGGAGGUCAGCUCUGGCAGUAGAGAAGAGCUGGUAACUCGUUCUAAGACAGAAGUAGAUAAGAGUAUGGACUCUAUUGUUACCUGUCCAGAAAAAAAAAUGCACAUAGAUAGCUCCAGAGUGACUACAGAGAAGAUGGAAAUUAAUUGUGAAACAGAGACCUCAGGAGUCUGCAACAUCAAAAAACCUGGUUGCUCUAAAGACAACUUGAAGAAGUUGAUGAGUUCAGGAGAGACUGUUAGUAUAGGUGGUCACCCUCAUUCGGGAGAAGUAAGGGUGGUGGAGAAUGGACAAGGUUGUGCCUUUGAAAUGACCAGAGUAAAAGCUGCAGUUAAUCCAUUCAAGGAGAACACACUGAAAUCUUGCCAAAUGCAUGUCAAUGGCACUCACAAUGACAACCAAGACAUGAAUUACCAUGAAUCUACUAAAGAAACAAUGCUAGAGAGCUCACUUCAAAAUAAUAAACUAUAUAAGUUGCGAGCAAAAAAGAAGAAAAAGAAAAAAAAGAAGUUGAAGGAUAUUCUAAAUGAAAAUCUACAGCGGAAACUUGAUGACUUGCAAAGAAAGCGCGAGUUUCAUCUUCAUCCAUUCAAAUCUUAUAAAUCUGAGAUCCAGAAUAAGUUAUUUAUAAUUAAAAAGAAAGCAAAACACAAGAAACACAAGUCUGGAAAAAAAUCGGUAUCUAAAAAAGCAAUCCCAAAGAAGAGGAAAGGUGUCACAAAGUCUACCAUACCAGAAUUUCAGCUUAUUUGCACUAAUCUUGAUGAACUCAGGGAAUUAAUCACAAAGAUUGAGAAUGAACUCAAAGAUCUGGAGGACAUUAAAAAGAAAUCGGGAAGAUGGUACCACCGAAAGCAAGCAGUAAAGGAAUUGCAUGGUACGUUGAUACGACUGCUUAAUGAGCUGCUACCAUGGGAACCAAAGCUAAUGAAAGCAUUUCAAAGAAACAGGUCUAGAUUGAAGAAGGACUACGACGACUUUAAAAGACAUCCAGACCAUGAAAAAUUUAACAGAGAAUUGUGGAGUAAUGAUGAAAGUGAAGUUGAUUCUGGCAAAGAUUCUUUUACAGUAGCAUGCACUAAAUCUUCAGAGUCUGUAGAACAUGUGAAAGUUCCUGAAAAAGAUCACUCAGAAACUGAUGAGACAAAACUAUUAGAGAUGAACUUCCCUGCAGGAAAACACAGAAUUCUGAAAAAAGAAUCAACUUCUAAAGAAAUACAGAAGACAAUUCCAAAGUGUGUUAAACGACAGUCCAAGCAAAGUAGUUGUCUGGAUCAAAGCACUAAUGAACUUUCACCAAGGAAGAAAGCUAAACUGAGCAGUAUUGAGGCUGUGACCCAGAGUUCAGAAAGUAGCCUGCAGCCAGAUAGUUGUUUGGCUACGCUGAAUAAAUUUGAAGGGUCAACUGUGCAAUCAUUUUCCUUGGCAGAACCUACAAUAUCAGUGUCAAACUUUCUGAAAGGGACCAAACCCAUCCAGGCCUUGCUUGCCAAGAAUACUGGGAACAAAGUGACCUUAAUGAAUCAGCUGGUACCUCCCCAAGGCAUAAAUGUGUCUACUUCUGAAAAUCCAGUUUUAUCACCUUUGAAAUCAUCACUGAUAAAACCAGCAUUGCCCUCCCAGACCAACUCAAAAACUCCUUUACAAAUUAUAUACAAAAUGCCAAGUGGCAACUGUGUACCAAUAGACCUUCACAACAGCUCUGUGAAAAUUCAAGUGCAACCUGUGAUUGACCCUAAAACUGGAGAAAAAGUCAUGCAACAAGUUCUUAUUUUACCUAAGAAUUUUCUUAUUCAGCAGAAGGAAGGAAAAAUUGUGUCCAAGGACACUGAGUCACUACAAGAAUCAUCAGAACUGCAACAUACAGUUUUACCAGAAAUAUCAAAUAUCACUGUUUCUUUAAAACCUCCUCUAGUAACAGGUUCUACAAGUACUACCACUCAGUCAUUUAGUACAAUUUUUAACAAGAAUAUUACCCAAUUGUCACAAGUGACUGGUCCCAUAAACACUACACAAUCCACUCUUGCUGUAACUUCAGGAGGUAACUUGUUAUCAUCAAUUAAGAUGCUCCAGACUGACAAAAUCAAGACUACAGUUUCAGCUGCCACAUUCCCUGUGUCUUUGACUUCACCUACUCUUUCCACAGCUAGCCAGUCUAUGAUAUCAGCAACAGCAGUAAGUGCAUCUCCAAACACUGCUUCUGCCAGUCAUAGUGUUGCAUCACAGCAGACGAAUGACUCCUUUGAAGCUAGGCAAGAGCUGAAGACUGUGUGUAUAAGAGAAUCACAUUCUAUUCUGGUCACAACACGAGGCGGAAACACAGGAAUUGUUAAAGUGCAAACAAACCCAGACCAGAUUUCACCUAGUAGUUUAUCAUCUAGUUCAGUUCUCACUUACACACCUCAGUUUCAGACUUUUCUUGUGCCAAAAACCACAGCAUUGUUAUGCUCUACUCUUCCAUCUGUAGCUACAGCCACAUCUGGUCUCCCACAUACUGGACAAGCACCAUCUUCUGGGUUUGCCCCAUCAACAGCUGCUUCUGUUAACAUUCCAGCUUUCCCAGCUGAUUUUACCCAGGCAAUGGAGAAAAAUACAAAAUUUACAUUACAGCAGCCUGCUGUUGGGAGUAUUUUGGGCCAGGUAAUAGAGAACUCCUGCUGUACGUCCUCUUCUUUACCCUCCAUCUCAUUAGCUAGCAAUUUGAUGUCAGCAGCUCCAAACAGUCCUGUUAGUGUGACUAGCAUUGGACAAAAUAAUGCUGUCAUAACUCCAGAUUCUUUAGUGCAGCAGCAAGGUUAUACUAAAACUAAAAUAAAACCUGCUACACAGUCUGAGUCUAACUCAGCAACAAAUGGAGAUUUAAUCAGUGGUACUCCAGUCCAGAAAUUUACAUUAGUCACAAGUCCACCUAUUUUAUCACCAUGUGGGGCAUCAGGAGUCAGUAUUAUACCCUCUCUGGCAUCCACUGCUGUUAAUGCUCAGAAGUUGGUUUUUAUUAACACACAAAUUGCCAGUGGCCCAUCAACCACCAGUCAAGUUGCAGAGGCAUUAAAACAUAACCUUCCUUCUUCCCUAAGCAAAACUCUUGUUAAUGCUACAGAACAACCACAGUUGGUUCUGAUCCCAUCGACAGCAGGAGCACCAAUAAGAAUGAGUUCAUCACCAACCAUUGCUCAAGUAAAAGAUGUCAAAGUUGGACUAAAUAUAGGUCAAACCAUUGUAAAUACAAAAGGCAGUGUACAACAGGCUCCACCAGUUAAUAUAUUGCACUCUGCCAUUUCUGAAGGAGAAGACAAGAAGAGCAUUGGCUUGGCACUAACUUUGACAAGUAGCAGUGCUUUAAUUCCUGUUCCGAGCUUUGUGAGUCAAAGUGCUGUGUCAGUUAAUGAACCUGUAUGUGUUACAACAAAAGCUGAAAGUGCCUCUAGAGUAACAACAGCAAAUGCAUGUGUAGAAUCUGUUUCAGCAACAUCAAGUGCGACUUCCUGUGGGACAUGGCCCACUGUCUUUAUUAAGGGAAAUGAUCCCUCAAGAAUAAGGCCAGUUCUGGGUAAUCGACUGUGUACAUCAAAUAGUGGAAAUACUGUGGGUGUAUCAACUGUGAAAACAGGACAUCUUGCUUCAUCUGUGCUGAUUUCAACAACGCAACCAACAGUAUCUCUUCAAAACGUGGCAUCUGCUUUGCAAUUUCCAGUCAUUAGCUUGCCUGGAGCGGUAGCCACCCCCCAUAAAUUGUUACAUACAGUUCCUCACUUGACAGCAGUUCCAGCUUCUCCUCCAGUACAAAAGAGCCAAUUGCCCAUGCCACUUCACUUUCAGCCAUCAGGAGUUUUGGCUACUAUACCGAGUAAUGCAGUUCUUCACAAACCUCAGAGCGUGUUGUCCCCUCCAUUGCCAAAUACAGGCAAAGUCAUUAGUUUUCCCAGCUUUUCUUCUCUACAGUGCAAGCAGGUGUCUCCCAGUACAGGGAAACGAAGUCAUACUGACACUUGUGCUUCUGCUGUUCAGCUGUCUGCAAGUUCACCAACUCUAACAAGCAAGGCAGGAGGUCAGUGGAAUGAACCUUGCAUUCAACAGAAAAUAGUCAUUAACACCUGUAUGCCUUUGGCACCUGGAACACAGAUGAUGAUUAAUGGUUCUCGUUUUGUUGUUCCACCACAAGGCCUUGGAGCUGGCAGCCACAUUCUUCUUCUCUCUUGUAAUACCAGUAUUAAUCAUGGCCAGGAACCUCAAGGUAUACCUGUUGUUAGUCCAAUAAACUCUAAAAUCAUGCUAGCACCAAGUAAUUCAUUAAGUUGGCAAAUAUCAAAAAUUCCUUUGAAAAGUUCUACAAAAAUUGUGAACUCCUUUGGUUCUGCAGAUGCUUUACCCAUCGUAUAUGCAACACCCCAGAUACUUAGUACUCCAGUUAGUUCAUGUACUCUGCUGUCAGCAGCAACACCAGCUGUGUCAUCAGUGAUAAAAUCUCCUGUUAAUGUUGUAACUACAUCUUCUGUCGUUUCUGCUGGUUACCCUCCAAACUCCCAUUUACCAGGCAACACUUCAGUGUUUCACUUAGACACAUCUAUCAAAAAACUGUUGGUUAGUCCAGAGGGAGCCAUUUUGAAUGCUAUAAACACUCCAGCAUCAAAAGUUUCUUCGCUGUUUUCAUCACUGCCUCCUGUUGUUGUGUCCACAAGCAGAAAUCCUACCACUGUCUUCCCUGCAUCUCAGUCAUCUUGCCUUGAUAAACCUGACAAAGAUGCAUCCUGACUUUACUGCAAAUGAGCCACUUGGAGAUUUUUGGGGAUUCUUCUGACUUUGAAAGU